CAAAUAAAAAUUAAAAAAAGAAAUAGGGGAGGAUGACACGCUUGGUUUGGAGGAACGUACAAACAAGCCACUUCCCUUUGCUCUCACAAUAUCUUUCUCCGUUCAAUUUCUACCAUUUCAUCCCUCUCGUCUUCUCCCUUACCUCUUAUUCUUUUAGACCCCGCCUUAAUACCAUGGAUUCAAGCGGAACCAGACUACCAGAAACCCAAACAUCCGAUUCGUUUGCUCAAAGUCACUCACAUCUCGAGGAGCCAAAGUGGGAUAGAAAAGGCCUUGUGCAGGCCGAUAUGGGUCGCCUUGUGGAUGAUGGUUCUCUUGAUGAAAAUGUUGAAUCUUUUUUAUCUUCUGAUGGUGCUGACCUGAUAGGUACAGUCGGCCUCGGUAUGGAUUUCAGUAAAGGGUUCACACUUACGGAAGUAAACUCUGUUCGUGCAAGUGUGAGCAGAAUUGUCUGCUGCGACAUCUCGCCAGAUGGAAAACUGCUUGUGAGUGGUGGGCAUGACAAAAAGGCUGUUUUGUGGCAUACUGAUACCUUAACGCCAAAAACAACAUUUGAAGAGCAUUCGUCACUUAUAACUGAUGUACGCUUUAGUCCAAGCAUGGGCCACUUUGCAACUUCUUCUUUUGACAUGACUGUUAGAGUUUGGGAUGUCGACAAUCCUGGAAACUCACUUAGGAUAUUUACGGUGCCUUCUGCUAGCAUGAUGUCAGUUGAUUUCCAUCCCAACAAAGAAGAUCUGAUCUGUUCCUGUGACGGCAAUUCAGAGAUCAGGUAUUGGAGCAUAAAAAAUGGCUGCUGCACGCUGGCAAUGAAGGGCGGGUUUGCACAGGUGAGAUUUCAGCCUCGUCUAGGCACGUUUCUUGCAGCCGCUGCUGAGAAUACUGUGAACAUUUUUGACGUGGAAACACAAACUUGCAGGAAGAGAUUAAAUGGUCAUAAGAAACCUAUUCACCAUGUGUGUUGGGACCCGUCGGGGGAUUUCCUCGCUACAGUUAGCGAGGACUUGGUCCGAGUGUGGAUGAUCGGUUCGGGAAGCGAAGGGAAUUGUGUGCAAGAACUGCGCUGUAAGGGCAACAAAUAUUUCCACUCUUGUGCAUUCCAUCCUUCCUACUCGCCAUGGCUAAUUCUUGGCUGUUAUCAGUCUCUGGAGCUAUGGAACAUGACGGAGAACAAAACGGUGACACUCCCCGCACACGAAGGAUUAAUAGCUUCGUUGGCUGUAUCCACGGUGGCGGGUCUGGUCGCUUCAGCCAGCCACGACAAGAUCAUUAAGCUUUGGAAGUAAACAAAAAAAAAAUUACAGGGGGCAUUUCCGUCUUUUGCUUUUGUUCUUCUUUGACCCACUUGUUGUAUCUUCACCCCAAAUUAUUUGAACUCUUCUGUACUGAGUCCAAAACAGGAUUCUAAUUUCAUCUGUGUGAUAUUUUGAAGAAUUUAUAGUAUUGGCAGAUAUAACUUGUUUACUAUAUGGUUGUAUAGAUAUCACAUGGAACAUAUGUAUGAGACAUAUGGAGUAUAUGGUUCCUUAGCUAAUUAGGUGUCAAUUCUCAUUCAUCAUAGGGGGAUUAAAUUAACUUAAUUGCC